AAGCAGAGGACGAGGGAGAGUACGACCCGACGUGGAUGCCGGAGGAAAGGCCGGAACUCCUGCUUUUUGUCGAGGAAACGGAAGUCUCCGACGACAGCGCGAGCAGCGAGGCCCCGCCCACCGUCCGCCUUGGCUCCUCCCCCUCCUCCACCUCCGACGCCGCCCCCUCGACGCCACGACCCAGUCCCCGGCCUCCGUCAGUUCGGAUGUCACGUGGGCGGAGGCGAGGGCGGCUUUCCUCUCCGGUCCCCGCCCACCUGGAGGGAAGGGCAAGGAGCUCCAGGAGGACAGGAGGCACGUGCAGCUCCAGAAACCGCGGCAGGACUGGACGUGGGCGGAGGCUCGAGCGUGGAGGGAGUGGCGCACCGCCCAGGAGGAGGAGCAGAGGCGUCGGCGAGCGCAUGCCACCACCCUCACGCUGCAGCUCGAGAGGAUCAGGCCGACGAUCAAGAGCCUGAUGCAAGAGUUCGACAGCCAGGUGAAGGCGCUGGUGGACUCCCGCGUGGCGACCGACGAGGCUCUUCUCAUCUAUGCUUUGGUCGCCUCUCGUCUGCAGCUGCGGCUGUUCCGGCAGGAGGGGUUGGAGGCCCGGCUGGCGAGUCUCCAGGAGCAGUGUUCGCAGGCAGAGACCCGCGAGGAGCAACUGGCGGAGGAGGAAGAGACGACCCGGCGGGAGGAGGCGCGGGCGAAGGCGAAGCAGGAGCGGCUGCAGGACCAGCUGAAGGAGGAGGAGACCGCCCUCCGGAGGACCAUCAUCAACCUCCCCAUCGACCAGUACAACCACCUCCUCGCGCUCUAUAACAAGCGCACCUUCCCGAGUUCAAGGUACCUGGACCUCCCCAGCGCCAGGGGGCACCACGGAGGGGGGGACACGCCCUCGGUAGCGCCCCCUCUCAGUCCCACCGGCGGGGGUCCCCUUAGCCCCUCGGGGGGUGUCUCCCCUGCGCAGUCUGAGAGCGGAGCGAGUGGGCGUCGAGGGAGCACCCGCCCUUCGAGACCAGCCAGCGGCGCCUCCCACACCGACGAGCUCAGGUAAAGCUUCUGACGCGAAUGGGAAGUCGGAACGCAGUG